CUGUUUCCCAACUUUUCAGCUUUGAUGACUAAUUAUUAACUGGUUCAGAAGAACAAGGUUCUACUCUGCUCUGCUUUGUGAAUUUGUUCCUGCAAAAUGUGUCUCAGGUCUCUUGGAUUUGUCCUGGUUUUCUUUCCUGGAGUGCUUCUCGCACAGCGCUGUGAUGCUCCCAGACUGGUUCAUGGUUAUUUUAUCCCCGAACAAGAGACUUACUUUGACAGAACCACGAUCACUUAUUCCUGUGAUAAUGGAUAUAAACCUGUAGUGGAGGAUUGGUGGGCAACCAGUACCUGUGAACGUGGGAAAUGGUCUCAUGAACCACAAUGUAUAGAUGAAAGCAGCUGCCUUCCACCAACUAUUCCCAAUGGAAAGUACCCUGAAAACUCAAACGGCUGGUAUGAGGAUGGAAGUAGACUAAGGAUAACAUGUGAUGGAGGAUUUGAGCACCAAAACCAGAUCACCACCACUACCUGUGGAAAUGGAAAAUGGUCCUCUGCACCAGUCUGUGAGAGAAGUAUGAGUGCAUGCAGUGCACCUCCUAAAAUCCCCCAUGCAGUCAUCAUUCAUGGAUACCAGGAGGUGUUUGCUGCAGGUUCAGAAGUGCAGUAUGAGUGUGAAGACGGAUACACUGCAGAGGGAGCACACAACAAAAAAUCUGUUUGUAUACAAGGAAACUGGACAGCAGGGCCAACAUGUACUAAUGUCUGUGCUGUCAACACCGAUGACCAUCCUGAAUACAUAUCUGUGGGAACUGUGUACAUAGAAAAUGGUGAGGAAAAGAGAGUGGAGUGUGUGAAACCACACAGCUGGUCAUUGAAACAUUAUUCUAACAUUCGGUGCAUCAAUGGAAGAAUGGAGGCAACUGAAUGUUGUAACAGGGUGGAGCAUGCAGUGGCAAGUCUAUUCGACUGUGACUAAACCUGUAGCUGAGGAUUUGCUCACCACUUUGGAGCUUUUAAAGGAGACACCUGAUAUUUGAUCGCAUCGUCACAUCCUGUGUUAGCUUCUCAUUUUCAUCUUCAAACAUUUAAGAGAAAAUGGUUUGUGUGCUCUUAUUUGAGACACAAACACCACCAAACUGAAUAAAGUCUCAGAUUUUACCAUCAAAACUG